CAUAGCAGAAGCAAAAGCAUAGGCAGAUCCAGAUCGAGAUCCAGAGCCAGAGCCAAAUCCAGAGGCAGAGAAACCCGAUCGACAGCCAGCCACGACGCGGGUGGGCCGAGGGAGCAUGAGCGAUCCCUGCGGAAUCGUCGACGCGAUCCAGGACAGCAUGGACUUUGGAUCCAUCCCGUGCCACCCGGUAGCGUCCAUCGAGGCGGGGGCCCCGAGCGAGAACGACAACAGGAACGACAACAGGAACGAAAAGUCAGCCACCACGGGGGAGGCAGGGGACUCUCCACCCGAGGGAUGCCCCCCAGAGGAAGAAUCCCCCGGCGCCGCAAUCUCUCCCCCUAUGGCGGCCGUCUCGGACCUGUCCGAUCCCUCCCGGAGGAUCUACGUGGUGACGACGGCGGCGCUGCCCUGGAGGACCGGGACCGCCGUGAAUCCCCUGGCCCGGGCCCUCUUUCUGACCCGCGGAAGGCCCCGCCACGCGGUGACGCUCAUGGUCCCCUGGCUGGCCUCUCCGAGGGAGCAGGCCUCGGUCUACGGCUCGAACGUCUUUGAGACCCCGGAGGAACAGGAGGCCUGGAUCCGGGACUAUUCCAGGGAGCGCAUCCUCACCGGUUGCGAGGGCGAGGGCGAGAGCGAGAACGGGAGCAGCAGCGGCGACGACAGCAACGACAGCGACAGCAACAACAACAGCAACAACAACAUCAACAACAACGUCAACGACGACGACGAAGUGGACAAGCUCAGGAUAUCCUUCUACCCCGCCAAGUUCCACAAGCUGCUCGGAUCGAUAUUUGCAACGGUCGACAUUUGUGCGCUCAUCCCCCCUGAAGAGGCCGACGUUGCCAUACUGGAGGAGCCCGAGCACCUCACCUGGUUUCGGUCGCUGCCGCCGAGCACCCGGAAGCGGAAAAACCACUCUUCCCAGGACGCCGAGAGCUCCUGCGCCACGGCAUCGGCGGCGAGCGCCAUGGACAGCAUCAUGGACCACGAUUCGUCGUGCGGUGCUUGCACCACCACGGGCAGCGAGUUGGAGCGUCAGCAGGAAGGGGACGGCACAGGAGAGGACCAACACACCAGCAACAAAAGCAACGGACACGCCAUCGCCGGCCAGGACGACGAAGACAACGACGAACUCCUCGAAGAAACCCGCCAGAAAAUGGAGGAACGGGCCGUCAUCGGCUGGACGGCCAAGUUCCGCUACGUCGUGGGGAUCCUGCACACGAACUACUCGGCCUAUAUGCGCCAGUACGGACUGGGUGCCUCGCUCGUCACCGCCUCGGCCCUCCACGCCCUCUCCGCGGUCUGCGUGCGUGCCUACACGCACCGGUUGAUCCGCCUCAGCGACACCCUCCCGGAGCUGGACGCCCCCCGGGAGGUCACUCGGAACGUCCACGGGGUGCGACCGGAGUUCUUUGUCCGGGAAACGCCGGCGUCGACGAAGGUGCCGUCGCUAGCUCCCGCCCAGGCGAGGGACCUCCCGGCCCUGGCGGACGCCGAGGCCGACGACGACCACCACCACGAAGGCAACGGCGACGAAGGCAACGAAAUCGGAACAAAGGAGGCCGGGGAGGCCCCCCCGGACGACGAACAAGAAACGGCGGCAGAGGAAGGAACCGAUGGCGACGGUUUCCUGCCGGAACCCAUCUACUUUAUUGGAAAGGUCAUCUGGGCCAAGGGAUUCGACAAACUCCUGGAAAUCGAGGACUUGUACCGAAAGGAAACCGGGGAAUACUUUCCCAUCGACGUCUACGGCUCGGGGGCCGAUCUCGACGCCAUCACUCGGGCCUUUCUCGGCCGGACCGGACUCGCCAAGAAAACCCUCUCCAGCGCCUCGAUCGCGAGCCUCGACGGGGCCCGGUCCCCGCGGGAGGGGUCGGGAUCCCCCGUCCCGCCGGCCGCAAAAUCCAGCCCGGAGGACAAGACGGCCGCCCUGCUCUUCAGCAGGGAGGGAAGCCUCCGCGGUCAGAUCGAGAACGGACAGGCUGUCCCGUCGGACGAGCUGGUGGUGGAGGUACAGACCCGAGAGAGCGCCCCCCGGACCGAGGCCGGGAGGCGUCACCCGAAGCAGGUCGUCGCCCACCUCGGCGAGAAGACUGCCGAGACCACCAGCAAGGUCACCAGCGCCAUUGCCACCCUCGGCGUCAAGCUCUCCAGCAUGGGCUUUCGGAGCCUCUACAGCGAGGAACCCGAGGACGCCAGCGGCAGCAGCGGAAGCGGCUGCACCUUCUCCGACGACACGCCGUCCUCCGGAGGCGGAAGCGGCGGCCUCGUCGGCAAGUUCCGCUUCGACCCCCCCCGGUCCCGCUACGAGCUGCGACUGAACCCCGUCCCGGCCCGCUUUCUGGGGGUCCGGGACCACGCGGUCCUCCGGGACGUUUCCGGGCACAGGGUCUUUCUCAACCCCUCCGUCACCGAGGUCCUGUGCACCACCACGGCCGAGGCCCUGGCCAUGGGAAAGUUCGUGGUCGUUCCCAGGCACCGUGAGUUUGUCGAUCUUUGUUUGGCUCGCUUUUGGUUUCGAUUCGUUUGUGACAGAACUGUCCAAGCACCGCCUCACCGCUUUCCUUUUUUUGUUUGUAUGGUCUUCUUUCCUGCUUUUCUUUUCCUUGCACCGCAGCCUCCAAUACGUUUUUUCUACAGUUUCCGAACUGCCUCGCGUAUGACACCAAGAAGGAAUGCGUGGACCACCUGCGGUACGCUCUGCGGAGCGACCCAGUCCCCCUCUCGCGGGCCGACAGGCACAAGCUCACGUGGGAGGGAGCCAACGCCCGCCUCUUCGAGUCGGCCAUGAUGACCGAGGAGGAGGCCGGGGAGCGCAACAAGAAGACCGGUGACGCCGCCAGGCUCCACAUCGACACCAUGCGCACCGGAGCCUUUUUCUCGGGGCUGUGGGCCCGUGGGAAGACCAUCCAGAAGCACAUUGCCCUGAAGGAGCGGCCCGAGGAAAAGCCAGAACCCACCGGGGAAUCUGGUUCGGAACCCCCCAAGGGGCCCGCUACGGGCUUUUGCAGGGUCUAGUGCCACCGAUGUUGAAAACACAACACAACACAACACAAUGCAAUGCAAUACGUGCGUACUAGACUAAACUAAUCAUACGGUG